AUGACUGACGGCAGCUCCGCAGCCACCGCGGCUGGGCGCUCCACGAACCUCUGGAUCCGCGGCAUCCUGGCGCUGCUGCUGGCCACGGGGCUGCUGGCGCUGGCGCUGGAGGCCUCGACGCUCGACUUCCAGCCCAAGCUGCGGCGCGUGGCGCAGACCAGCAACACGCAGCAGUUGAUACAGCGUCGGCGGCCGCACCCGGGCUCCGGCAGCAGCUAUGGCCAAUCGCAGGACGCGACCGUCUCGCUGGAGGAGCUGCUGCAGCUGCAAAACGCCUCGAGAGCCAACGCCAGCGACGAGGUGGCGCCCGACGACCUGUUCCACUUGAGUCUGCUGCACGGCGCGUGCAUCACGCACAAGGACGCCAUCGUCACGUGGGAGUUCGGCGCCCCCGGGCCGCACCAGGACGACGAGGAGCACAACUUGGCCACGUUGAUCCACGAGGACGACCCGGACCUGCUGCACAUACUCAAGCAGUGCCCCGACGUGGACUUGUUCUUGCCUUCUGGAGUGAGGAACAACGGGUACUGCGAGGAUACCAUGGCGUACACCAAGUACUUGAGGACGAGGCUGCUGCCGCUGUGGGCGCUGACCAAGGAGAUCUACGACCCGGAGCUGGGACGCAAGGUGGACUACUUUGAUCUGUGUCCGAACACAGCGAUGCUCUUCUUCCAGCACUACUGGGGGGACAUCCCGUCGUCCCCGCGAUGGCCCAAGAACAAGAAGAUGUACCUGAUGCCGAACAUCGAGAUGUGGGAACUCGACGAGAACCACUUCUGGCGCGUGGACAUCGUGCUGUGCAAGACGCGGAUCUGCGAGGACCGAGUAACCAAGUGGUACGAGCAGAAGGGCAACCCGCGCGAAACGAAGGUGGUCUAUACCAAGCAUACGUCGUCUGACCAGGCCAGCUACGCACGACGCGUUUUAGGGAAUGAAGUUAAGCCCAAGAACUUCAGCGAUGUGCGAUUUAUCCACACGGCCGGCGGCAGCUACUGGAAGGGGACAAGGCAGGUGAUCGAGUGCUGGUUGUCGCGACCAAACUUCCCGCCGCUAGAUCUGUAUAUCCACAAGUGGGCGUACGACGGCAUAUUCAAGGGCGCGUAUGAGAAGCGCAUUGCCAAGAGUCAGAUCCGACUCACGACGGAUGAAGUGGAUGCCAACACCUUCACCAAGGCCAUCGCAGAAAGCUCCUACUUCCUGUGUCCCAGUCAGAUGGAGGGUUACGGUCACUACAUGAACCAGGCGCGAGCUUCAGGCGGUGUUAUCAUCACUACAGACAUGGAUCCGAUGAAGGAGCUCAUCCAGAACGACGACAUGGGGCUCAGGGUGAAGGCGAGAGCUGGUCACGACCGCAACAUCUUCUUGGGUGGCAAAAGCAAGAAGCGCAAUGGACUCCGUGAUGUCCCCGGCAUGGUGGCGUACUUCAGCUCCAGAGACUUGUGCAAGACGGUGGAGCACCUGCUCAACGAUAUCGACAUGGACAAGCGAAGAGAAAUGGGCGAGAAUGCUCGGCGGCAGUACCACGAGGACACCAAGUUCUUCGAGCACGCGAUGCUUAAACUGCGCGUCCGCGCGAGGCAAGAUGCCAAAGCAAUUAGCCUAAUUGACCCCGAAGACGACGAUAUGGAGGUAAUUUCCAGCGAGUCUCAAAAGCACCUUCGCGACAGGCCAACCACGGGGUGA